AUGCUUGGAGAAAAAACAGUGAAGCCAGUGGCCUGUGCUACUGAGUCAGGCGUCGCCAUCAACAAUGAGGUCUCGGUAAAUUUUCCUUCUCAAUUGCUGCCUGCUGCGCCCACUCCUGUGGUGUCAGCCCCCACUCCUCUGGUGUCAGCCCCCACUCCUCUGCUAUCAGCCCCCACUCCCAACAUGCCACAAGCUACAAAUCCUGUUGAGGCAGAGGCACUACAUUGUCUUGGACAUUAUCUCAUGUUACCUGUACGAACUAAGACGGAAAAGAACAGACAGAAGAGAACGAGAUAUAAGAUGAACAAGAGGAUGAAGAAAGCAGCUGAGGGAGAAAAAACAGUGAAGCCAGUGGCCUGUGCUACUGAGUCAGGCGUCGCCAUCAACAAUGAGGUCUCGGUAAAUUUUCCUUCUCAAUUGCUGCCUGCUGCGCCCACUCCUGUGGUGUCAGCCCCCACUCCUCUGGUGUCAGCCCCCACUCCUCUGCUAUCAGCCCCCACUCCCAACAUGCCACAAGCUACAAAUCCUGUUGAGGCAGAGGCACUACAUUGUCUUGGACAUUAUCUCAUGUUACCUUUUAGCAGAGGAGCAUAUUUCAUCCUGGUGUUUUUGUUUGAACAGGGAGAAAAAACAGUGAAGCCAGUGGCCUGUGCUACUGAGUCAGGCGUCGCCAUCAACAAUGAGGUCUCGGUAAAUUUUCCUUCUCAAUUGCUGCCUGCUGCGCCCACUCCUGUGGUGUCAGCCCCCACUCCUCUGGUGUCAGCCCCCACUCCUCUGCUAUCAGCCCCCACUCCCAACAUGCCACAAGCUACAAAUCCUGUUGAGGCAGAGGCACUACAUUGUCUUGGACAUUAUCUCAUGUUACCUGUACGAACUAAGACGGAAAAGAACAGACAGAAGAGAACGAGAUAUAAGAUGAACAAGAGGAUGAAGAAAGCAGCUGAGGGAGAAAAAACAUCAGUGAAGCCGGUGGCCUGUGCUACUGAGUCAGGCGUCACCAUCAACAAUGAGGUCUCGGUAAAUUUUCCUUCUCCAUUGCUGGCUGCUGCCCCCAUUCCUGUGGUGUCAGCCCCCACUCCUGUGGUGCCAGCCCCCACUCCCAACAUGCCACAAGCUACAAAUCUUGAUGAGGCAGAGGCACUACGUCUUCUUGCACGUUAUCUCAUGUUACCUGUACGAACUAAGACGGAAAAGAACAGACAGAAGAGAACGAGAUACAAGAUGAACAAGAGGAUGAAGAAAGCAGCUGAGGUUGCCUGUGAGAGUGAUUGCCAGCCACAUGGGGUUAUAACAGUACCUGGGAUUUUUACAUCUCUCGAGCAACAGUAUGACAAUCCAGUACCUGAGUGUAUGCGGAAUGCACAUAAUCCCCAAUAUGAGAUGCUGCCAGAGGAAAGGUCAGAAAAAUUACCUGAUGCACUUGACACAAAAGAUGAGACAGUAAAAGAUAUAGAAAAAUUGCUAUCCACAUUUCAAGAAAAACUUUUUGACCUUGAGAAGCAACUGUUGCUUGAACAGCAUCAGAGACAGGAGAUGGACUUUGAUAAACAUGAUGUGGACACUGAAUUCAUUGGCCUCAACGAUUAAUUGGAUAAGUGUAUACUCAAAUUGAAGAGGUAAAGUGGUAACAUGCGACUAGCAGAGAAGAAUUCACCCUAACCGUCAUUAAUACUGAUGAAGAAGCUGCUGGCAAGGCUGAGUCUCAGAAGGCUUUUACGAACUUAACUUACAAUUGGCUGAGACAUUCGGUAGGACUCCUUGGACGAGGGAUCGGCCUGUCGCAAGGCCACUACCUGUACGCAGGGCAACACAACGCGGAAGGACAUCCAUGGCUUGAGUGGGAUUCGAACCCACGUUCCCAGCGACAAAGCGGCAUAAGGCCCACACCUCAGACCGUACAGCCCCUGCGGACCCCCAUCAUCAAACGUGUCACUAACCAACAGCCUCACAAGUAUGAUUUGAGGUUUUCAUAGCGGUGAGCCUGAAGAUUGCUCUUUUCUGGGUUAUUGUGCAGAUUUCCACCAACGUUUCAGAAGUCAUGCUGCCUCUGUUAUCGUCGCCCUGAUGACGGAGGCAGCAUGAUCUCUGAAAUGUUGGUGGAAAUCUGCCAGACUACAUGGCUCAAUAAUCCAGAAGACAGCACUCUUCAGCUUCUCAAGUCAUAAUCAUUUCAGUCAAUGUACAAGGGUGAAUCUAGUAGAUAGAAAUUAUUAAAACUUUGCAUACCA